GCGCGUUUCUAACACUGCGAUGAGCAACCAGACGCACCAGUUCGGCGACCUCGCCACACAGCUGCUCACUGAGUCUCGCCGCUCGACAGCGACGGACACCUUGCUCAAGUACAACGACGUCCUCGUACGUGCUAUCGUUCGCGAGCAGCGCCAACUCGAGUCCCUCCUCUCCGCCGCCCUCGCCGCCCAGCCCAACAACGACGCCGACUCCGCUGCGGAAACUCCCACCCUUCCUACCGUUCUGCUAUAUCAGACUGCUAUUUACCGCAAUAAGCGCUGUCUCCUUGCUUAUCACGCCCACCGUAUCGACCGUCUCAAGGACCUCUACUGGUCUGUCGGUGGCGCCCUGCCUCUUCUCCUCUCUAUACCUUCAGGCGCUUCAAAUUUUGCUACCGACUCUGAGCAUGGUCAAGCACCGCAGUCAAACACCAGCUCUGCACCGGCUGAUAUCCGCUCCAAGCUGUCACCACAUGAAGUGGACUUCCUUCGCUCGUAUAACACGUUGAUACUCGAACUGCGCACCGACGCGUUUUCAUCUGUCUCGUCAGGCUCCGGCGGCCUUGCGGAGGACAUUGACUUGAUGGCACCGAUCAUCCGCCCGCCUAAGGACCUGCACAUUCUCGUGCGCGUAGUGCGUGAUUGUGGAGUAGUCCAUACCGAGCAGGGCGCGAUCGACUUCCGCAGAGGACAUCGCUUCUUGGUUCGACGCGCCGAUGUGGAGCAUCUGAUAGUACAGGGAUUCUUGGAAGAGGUGUAACACGGUCCUAGCUGAAAAAGCAUAAGUUUUUCUACCUACCACUACUAGCAUACGCCAGCCCGUCACCGUAACCGAUACAGAAGAUAC